GAUGAGAAAACUUCAUCCAUGGCUGAAACUUGCUGCCUUCUGCUGCAUUAAUUGCUUCCUCUUCAUUGCCUUUGCUUCUCCUUCACUGGCAGACUGUACCUUGAAUUUCACUUCACACCCUUACCUACCAAGUGGUGACUGCAUUGGUGACAAUGGGAAAGUUAACUUGUGGGGCACGAUAUCUUCACACCUUUGCUGUCGAAAUGCCCUGAAUGCCUUCACUCAAGUUCUAGCAGUUCGAGCCAAUCAAACACCAGACAGUGCCAUCUUCAUUGGACAAGAUUCAUGGAAACAAUGCAAUUCUCCCUUUCCAACUCAACAAUUGGUUUCCAUAGAAUCUUGUGGAUUCAGCAAUUUUUACUCUGGCAGUUCCAAGUGUUCAAGUUUAUCUCUGUCACAGAUUCAAGGCAGUCCACCUUACCUGGAAGCAAAACUGCACAGAGGCCAUAUCAAGGGUAGCUUGGUUUCUAUUGCAAAUAUUUCAAUCGCAGACUAA